AAAUCCACAAUUCCCAUCUCCACUUCGAAACCCUAGACAUCACGGGGCAAAGGGAGCACGCACAGAAGCACAAAAAGAAUCUGCUUCUCAACAAUCAAUCUCUAAACAUGGCGGAUGUGGAUGGUGAUGUGGCUGCCUCAGGACUGCCAAAGAAGAGAACGUUUAAGAAAUUCAGUUUCAGAGGAGUUGAUUUGGAUGCUCUUUUGGAUAUGUCUACUGAUGAGCUUGUUAAGCUUCUAAGCGCUCGUGCUCGCAGAAGGUUCCAGCGUGGUUUGAAGAGGAAGCCAAUGGCUCUGAUCAAGAAGCUUCGCAAGGCGAAAAGAGAGGCUCCACCUGGUGAGAAACCUGAGCCAGUUAGGACUCACCUCCGCAACAUGAUCAUAGUCCCUGAAAUGAUUGGAAGCGUUAUCGGUGUUUACAAUGGCAAGACCUUCAAUCAGGUUGAGAUCAAGCCAGAAAUGAUAGGCCACUAUCUAGCUGAGUUUUCAAUCUCCUACAAGCCUGUUAAGCAUGGAAGACCCGGUAUUGGUGCUACCCACUCAUCCAGGUUUAUUCCUCUCAAGUGAAGAAAUUGUGUAUUUCACAAAAUUUUGAGGUUGUGGAAUUUUUUUUCAUAUCUUAGCACUUAAAUUGACGUUUGGUUUACCGCCUUUUUUCCCCUCUCUGAAUGGUAAUACCUUAUCUUAAUGUUGAACAAAGAAGCUGACUAAUUUAAUUAGUUUUACUGGAA